CAGAGAUAAGGGUGUAUAAACACAGACUUUAAACAGUUCCCAGUUCCCUCUGGAGCAUUUUGUGUUUGCCUUGCCUCAUUAAGCAGCAGUGCCAAAGAAGCUGACAUGUACACAUCACCAUUUCUGAUGGUCUUGACUUUCCUUGGCCUCCGGCUGCAUCAUGGUUUGGGAAGGCAAUUUGUGGCUAUAACUGAUCCAAGAAACAGUGCUGAAACCCACCAUUCCACCUUGGAUUCCAGCCUUGCUCCACUCCGCACUUUGCUCAGUUCCAUCUCAUCUAAUUCCACCCAGUUGCCCGAGAAGGGGAUUUCCUGCAGUGACUUAAUGCCUGAUACCCUAGAACGUUUUAACAGUGUGCCUCGGCCAGCCCAGAUUCUCAUUCAGGCUGUGCUGGUGCUUGCCUUGCAAAAUGCAGGCUGCAGCCAGCAUGCCAAAACCCUUGGGCUGGAUCUCUACCAGGAAUUGGGGCAGAAAGAUGCAAGUGCCCUCCUGUUUAUAAUUAUAAAGGCCCUGGGCACAGCUAAUUCCACAGGUGAAAAUAAAAGCCUCGCUGCCCUACAGUUCAAUUUGGACCAGCUGGCACACAAACAAGCUUGGCACUGCCAAGGCCUGAUGCAGGUCGAUGGAUCUCUUCUGCAUGGACAGGUGUACCGUGUCUACAGGUGGUUUUCAGCAGCUGCCGCAGCCUGUCACUAUUUGGGAAAUGUUUGUGCUGGAGUGGUCACCAAUGGCAACGGGUCCUUCCAAGUGGUGCUUAGAGAUGGCAGCUACUUCCUGCCACACCAUGGUUCAAAUUCCUGGCUUCAUCAGUGCCACAGGCAUGCACGAAUGCGACGUUUCUCACCAGAACACUGUCUAAGUGUAAAGGAGCAAAAUGUGCACACAGUCGUGGGGUUCAUACCUGGAGCCAGCACUCUAUAUAAUUUUGCAACUGGCAUCUACUACGCGACCCAAGAUUGCACUGACUUGGCCAAGGAGCGUGCUAUAGAGGGGGCCAUGGACUUGGGCUAUGAUUUCUUAGUUGCUUUAAGUGGGGGGGCUGCAACUCCACUUAGGGCAGUGGUUGCCACAGCACUGAAACCAGUGGUCAAAAUAGGUGUACAGACUCUAGUUGACCACUAUCAGGAGAAAGGGCUACUGCAUCCAGUCCCCACCAGUUACUCGGGCCCCAUCACCAUCAUCUAACCCAGGCGUUCUCAAACCUUACACUGCUACGACUACCUAAAAUAAUAAAUGCAUAUGUGCAACCCACCCAAUAAAACUGAUUUCUUUGGAGUAAGUCUGGGCAAGAAAUAAAUAUACCACUUACUUUACAGAAUUAAAUUUUAACCUACAUAAUUACCACGGUUCUCAGUUCGAUGGGCUUGGGCCAUCAAGCAGGGACCACCGCAGGGACUGAAGACUGAUAUAUGAAUUUUGACAGCCCUCAAGCAUUGCUUAUCCAAGUCUGAACAGCGGUUUGUUUUUUUUUAAUGUGACAGCCUCCCAUUUACACUGUUCACCCCCCAGUGGGGAUGUCACAACCCAAAGUCUGAGAAUUCUUGAUUGAAGCUAUUACAAAUUAUACCAGUAUUUUAAAAAUUUGUGCUGAUGCUUAAGCAUAUGUGACAAGAAAUGGCAGAUGCUUUGCUAUUUUCUUUUCCAACCCAUUGGCUUUUAGGUGCCAGUCGCAUAGGCCGAAUUGUCGUGAGGAUUCUGUUGUUCUGUGUCAGUUCUAAUGAU